GGCGGCAGCAGCAGCAGCAGCAGCAGCAGCAGCAGCAGCAGCAGCAGCAGCAGCGACGGCCGCGUUUUGUCGGCGGGGCGAUGUGUCCCCUGUGAGGCGGCGGCGGCGGCGGCGUGGUGGCAGGGCAGAGCGCCAUGAACCUGAGGGGCCUCUUUCAAGAUUUCAACCCCAGCAAAUUUCUUAUCUAUGCCUGUCUGCUGCUGUUCUCAGUUUUGCUUUCUCUCCGUUUGGAUGAUAAGAUUCAGUGGAGCUAUUGGGCAGUAUUUGCUCCAAUAUGGCUGUGGAAGUUAAUGGUCAUCGUGGGUGCCUCAGUAGGAACUGGAGUAUGGGCACGGAACCCACAAUAUCGAGCAGAAGGAGAAACGUGUGUGGAGUUCAAAGCUAUGUUAAUAGCAGUGGGCAUCCAUUUGUUACUGCUGAUGUUCGAAGUGCUGGUUUGUGAUGGGAUCGAGAGAGGAACCCGCUUCUGGCUUCUCGUCUUCAUGCCAUUAUUCUUUGUGUCUCCAGUGUCAGUUGCGGCUUGUGUGUGGGGCUUUCGGCAUGAUAGAUCUCUGGAGUUGGAAAUCCUGUGUUCUGUCAAUAUUCUCCAGUUUAUAUUUAUUGCACUCCGACUGGAUGAAAUCAUCAAGUGGCCAUGGCUUGUUGUCUGUGUCCCUCUGUGGAUCCUGAUGUCCUUUCUGUGUUUGGUUGUGCUCUACUACAUUGUCUGGUCUGUCCUGUUCUUACGCUCAAUGGACGUGAUCGCUGAGCAAAGGAGGACACACAUAACCAUGGCAAUCAGCUGGAUGACUAUCGUGGUUCCGUUACUCACCUUUGAAAUCCUGCUUGUGCACAGAUUGGAUGGACACAACACAUUCUCGUACAUACCCAUAUUUGUUCCUCUUUGGCUUUCACUGAUAACUUUAAUGGCAACGACAUUCGGACAGAAAGGGGGCAAUCAUUGGUGGUUUGGAAUUCGCAAAGACUUCUGUCAAUUCCUACUUGAAAUUUUCCCAUUCCUAAGAGAGUAUGGCAACAUUUCUUAUGACUUGCAUCAUGAAGAUAACGAGGAAAUGGAAGAAACCCCUGUCCCAGAACCUCCCAAAAUAGCUCCAAUUUUUCGGAAAAAGACUGGUGUGGUCAUUACCCAGAGUCCUGGGAAAUACGUUAUACCACCUCCCAAGCUAAACAUUGAUAUGCCAGAUUAAAAGCAAACUUAAACCAUGUGGCACAUAGCCAGGGAGAGCUCCUCCUGACUAAACCACAGCUGGGAAUCUGUGGCCAAUAUGGUUUUUAUCUCAUGCCUUUUGUUCUGAUUUGUUUAUGGAUAGAUUUGUGCCUCAGUGACUUGUAAUGUAGAUAAUUAAGAUUUGUGUUAAUAUAAUUUUUCAGAGAUUCCGUGCAUUUGCGUAUGAAAUACCAUGCCAGUAAAAAAUACAUGAGAAUGCAAUAGCUGCAGUAAGAUUCAUAAAUGAAAAAUCUCAAAUCUCUGUCUGCAAAGCCCAAUUUACUUUUUGUGUUCAGCUGUGAGCAUCAAGCCCACGUAGACUUCCUUGGCAACACAAUUUAAGGUUUUCCCAAGAUCUGAUAAAGCAUUUGAAUACUAUCCUAAGCUUCAAACCUGUCUGCAGUUAUACAUGGGUAAGGUUUCCUGAAAUCAGGGGCCUUUGUAUUCAUGUAACUGUAAACCGGAUUGCAGCCACAAAGGGUCAGAGAAGAGGAAAGGGUGUUUUUUAUUUGUGAAUCUUCCUGAUGGGUUAACUUAAAGCGUGCCUGUAUAGUAUUUAUAUGACAUUUUGGCAAUGUAAUAUAUUUUAAAAAAAUAUCUGUACAGUAUAAAUAUGUAAAAGUAUUUUUAAAAGGCUGUAUGAAGUGCAUAAUCUAUUGUGAGUGACAUAUUUUGUGUUCAGCUAUACACAUUGGGUUGGAUCCAGAUUUAGUCAUGACUAACUUCAGUCCCAUUGAUUUCAGUGUGUCUGCUGAAUGACUAAAUCUGGAUGCAACCCAUGGCUUCCAUUUAUAUCGAAGUACCACAGCCAUGUGGUGUUAUAUCAGCAUGUUUCUUGGCUCUUCAAUUCCCCAUUGAACCGUGAACACUAUGUUUCAGGCAUGUCCUCAGGUAGGAUUUGAAGGUUCUUCCUCUGUUAAUGGAUCAAAAUGAUCUUGAUAAAGGUAUGUAAAUUAUUGUGUAAAUAACCAUACUCUUUGUACUGUCUAGAGGGGAGGGAGGGGACUGUAGUUUUGAAAAGUUGCUUUUCCACUUUUGUUAAAAUGUUACUGUUAGGUUAUAUCUAUUUCUCUCCCACCCACCCUAUUUGUUGGCUGUUCAAUAAAGUAUCCUCCUGUA